AUUCUUCUUUUUUGUGUGGGGGAGGAGCGAGCGAGCGAGCCACUGCCAUCAAGGCCGAUCGCAAACAAAGGAGAGAGGAAAUUUUUCUAGAUGGCGCGGGAGAAAGGAGAGAAAAGGAAUGUAGCAGCUUUCCAGUGUCGAUCCAUGGAGUUUUUUUUCUCCUCCUUUUCCAGAGUGGUCUCUUGAUGGUUCCAUCCCAUAGGCGCCUUCCAUUUGUUUUCUUUCGCUCCACUGUUUGGGAUUUUUUUGUGAUCGCCCACUACUCAUCCUCGAUUUGUUCUCGUUUUUUUUUUCUUGUGGGUUCCCUCAAAAGCUGGAAUUGUCACCGCCCACCAGAUGGAUCAUCCCAGCAGAUGAGGAUCCAGUUCUCCUCAUUCCUCCAUCUUAGUUUUAAGCUCUUUCUUCCACCAAAGAUCAUUAACAAGGUUAGGUAGUGUUCUUCCAGUGAUCGAAUCCACGCGAGGGAGAAUGAAGAGCAGCCCGGAACGCAUCCAAGGUAGUGGCUUCCACCACAGCUUUGCAUCCAAGUCCUCGGAUUUCAAGGGCAGCUUCCUCCACCUGGAGAACAUCCAGGAGGAUUCGGCCGUGAGCUUUCCAUCGCCAACCCCGGGAUUCCCCGAGCCGGAGACGCCGCAAGAGCCCCUCGAAUUCCUCUCGAGGUCGUGGAGCAUUUCGGCGUUUGAGGUGUCCAAAGCUCGAGCGGCAUCGCAAACUUCCAUCGCGACGCCGCCGCCGCCGCUGCCGUCGGCGCAGGAUGAUUGCUCCACCACGAUCUCUUCCUCGCAAGAAUCCAACUUGGAAGGAGCGCCUUUCGUGUUCGCUCCCUCGAUGACUUCGCAGAUGGUCAUGGACAGGAUAAUGGAACACUCCUUGUUCACAACUCCCCGGAGGAAUUCCCACAGCAGUGGACCAUUGAUUUUCCACCAAAACAGCGGCAUUCUGGCCGCCAGCCCUCCGCCAUCGCCCAAGCAAUUCACAGACGAUCACCUCCAUCCCCACCACCAGCCCACUGCCGCCUCCAAAUCAUCCCAUCAGCUUCGCGGGAGAUCAUCCGUGGGACGAUGGUUUAAAGACAUGAAAGAGCGAAAGAAAGAGCUCAGCCGAGCACAUAACGCUCAAGUCCACGCCGCGGUUUCUAUGGCCGGAGUUGCAGCGGCGGUGGCGGCAGUGGCAGCGGCUACAGCGGCGGCGGCGACACCAUCGCCAUCGCCAUCGCCAUCUCCGUUUUCUCCAGCGCUGGACGAUCCUUCCUCGUCGUCCAAGACGACGAGCUUGGCUGUCGCUUCCGCGGCCUCGCUUGUCGCGGCACAGUGCGUGGAUCUGGCCGAGAGCUUGGGAGCCGAUCACGAUCACAUCACUCACGUUGUCAGCUCCGCCGUGAACGUGAAAACAGCGGGAGAUAUCAUGACGCUUACUGCCGCGGCAGCCACUGCUCUGCGUGGAGCCGCGACUCUCAAGGCUCGGACGCUCAAGGACGCAAAGAGCCAUGCAACCGUGACUCCCUACGACAAACACGCCUUACAUUUUAACAGUGGCGACCUGGGAUCCGAGGAUGGCGAGGCCGAGAGCUACACGCAAGAGGUUCUUAACAGAGGAUGCGAGUUUCUCAAGCGUUCCAAGAAAGGCGAGCUACAUUGGAGAACUGUGUCAGUGUAUAGUGAUCCCAACAAUGGCCAGGUAAUUGUCAAGAUCCAAAGCAAGCAUAUGGGACUAAGGAAGAAACGAAAAGGCAUUGUUCUCGACGUGGAUGCUAACAUUCCCGCAUGGCCGGGACGAUCGCUGCUCGACAACGGCGAGCAGCGGCGAUACUUCGGAUUGAAAACCGCGACUGGAAUGCUCGAGUUCGAGUGUAAGUCAGAGUACGAACACCGGCUAUGGACACAAGGCAUAGCUCAUUUACUCCAUCUCUCCAGCCAACAUUCUGUGGCACUCACCACAACUUCCACACAAUCAUCGACUAAAAGGCCAUAGCCAGGCCAAAGAAAAAAAGAAGAUAGAAUGAAUAUAGUUCUAUUUGUUCUCGAGCUGGGAGCUAUGGAGCCAAUUCAACACACAAGAAAGCAAAGAAGUGUAUAGCAAAGAGAAGAAGAAACUUCUUUCUUUCUAGUAGUACGGAAGAGUAGCACUUUGCUGCGUUAGGGAAUCGAAUGCGACGGGAAAAUGCGAUUGCUAAUCGAUUUCUUUCUGGAUUC